UACGCAAUCUGUACAAAGUGUUCUGAUGAGAGAUAAAAUAAUACUCUACAUUCCUAUUUUAUUCAGUACAAAAAAUGGCAUCUACAGUGAUAACAUUUUUAGCGCUUGCCGUUCCCAUAUGGAGUCUACCACCACUAAUUCCCACGCAAUACCCUGGUGUCUACCAGCUUACCGAACCUGUAGAUCACGCAGAGUGUCCCAGCUGGGAUGAUAGAAACAACAUCCUUUACUACGUCAACAUCCACGACGGGCAAGUCUACAGAUACGAUUAUGAACAAGGAACUGUCAAUUACAUUACCCUUGACGGUGAAGUCGCUCCAGUUAUUCCUUCCAAAAGAGACCCGAACCUCCUAAUAGUAGGUUUAGGUAGAUCAGUCGCUGCCGUGGAAUGGGAUGGAGUCUCCGACCCUAGUGAGACCCGAAUUUUGGCAGCUCUAGCUCCCGAUUUUCCUACUAGUAGGGUCAACGACGGCAAAGCUGACAAACAAGGCCGCUUGUGGAUCGGUACCAUGGGCUACGAAGGUCCUGAUGGUUUGACUCCAGACGAAGGAAUUUUAUACCAGGUGACCUGCGACAAUCUAGACUCCCCCUUAGUUGAAAUCGCUCCCGUUAAUAUAAGCAAUGGUCUCGCCUGGAAUGCUGCCAACGACAAGUUCUACUACAUAGACUCACCAAGCUUUCUAAUUGUCGAAUACUCCUACAACGACGAAACUGGUGAAAUCAGUGAUCGCAGGGUUGUUUUCGACCGAACCGCCCACGAUCUCCUGGGAGAUCCGGAUGGGAUGACCAUUGACGAAGACGACAAUCUGUGGGUAGCGUUGUAUGGUGGAGGUCGUGUUAUCAAAAUUGAUUCUUCAAACGGUGAUCUUUUGGAGAUCGUACCUCUUCCAGCUUUAGAUGUGACUUCAGCCAUAUGGGGAGGACCGGAUUUGGAUAUUCUUUACGUGACGACUUCUAGGGUUAGUCUGACAGAUGAGCAAAAGUUGGAACAGCCGGCUGCUGGAGCUGUGUUUGCUAUAGUAAAUUUGGGAACAAAGGGACGUCCUACUUUCGAAGUAGAUCUACUGGGCUCGAUUGACGAUGAGACUUGUGGUGCCAAGAAGGUAUUGCGUGAGUAAGAAUGGACAAGGUUGUAGUGAAUUGCAAUAUAUUAAAAAAAAAUAAUACAAAUUUAGUGAAGUAUA